AUUAAAUGCUGGACCUGUAUCUACCUGCAUCCAUAUUACACCAAUCAGAAUUUGGUGGUUUAGCUUUGUAAGUUGUUUCUUUUUUUUUAAGUAUAUGAUUUUAACGCUUAAAAGCAUAUAAAACUUGAAUUUAAUUAUGUUCAUUAUAUUGUAUAAAAAUACCUAUUCAGUACAUUCAGAACAAUAAAAAUUGAUUUCAAAUUAUUUUAUGCCAAAUUUUCUAAAACGAUUAAAUCGUUUUAUAAACCAAACGACUGUUCUAUUAAAUUGAUUCAAAAUCCAGUGAUAGCAGUAAAAACAAACUUAAGCAAAAUACCACAACUCCUCUUCAGAUCAGUUAUAUCAUACUUCUUGGACUAUACAGUUUCAUGCUGCUCACGUCAUUAGAAACAGCGACAUUUAAUGUGCUUGAGUGGUUUUUAUGGUUUUUGUUUCUUGUGGUGGUCUUUCUAAAAGUGGCCAUUUUACGAAAGGUAAGACUAUUUAAAUUAAUUUGGCAACCAAGAUGUAUAUAAUGUAAAAAAAACCCACAUGUUUUUCAACUACUUUUUAUUACUAGUCUGUCUCUAUGCUCAGGACAUCUAAGCGAUGUAUACUUUUCUGAUAUUGAGCGUGUUCAUAAAAAAUAACAAUCACUUAUGAUUAACAAUUUUCCUUGUUUUUUAAUUAGUUAUAAUAUGUUUGUAAUGUAUUUUUUCUAAAGAUUUAGUUAGAAUUUAAAAGGUAUAUAAAAAUAUGAAUAUCCUAAAUAUUAUAGUUUUUCGUUUCAAUUUUGUGUUUUUUUAAUGCAGCGACAAAACAUGGGUUUGAGCAAAGAUAACUUCCAUGUCCUGAAAAGUACUUCAUUGGCGUUUUUUUUCUUGGCGUGGAUUUUUCGCAUCGCUGCAUAUUGUAGAAUAGAUGUACCAGAGCUGAUGCAAUUUUCAAGGGUUUUCUACAGCGCUAGCUUCAUCCUAUGGUCCUUGGGUCUAUUAAAGUACUGUUACUAUUUCGAAUAUCUUGGUCCCAUUGUCGCAAUGAUAUUGGAAAUGGUAAAUACCUGUAACGAAAUACAAAUAAAGAAUACAAAUGUACUUUUACGUUUAUUAUUCCAAAUAAUUUUUUAACAAAUCCUGAUUGGGUAUGUCCUCAAUUCGUAUAUUUUAAUUUUUUUUAUUUGAACGAGUAAAAAGUAAAAGAACAAGUUAUAACAUGAACUAUUUUGUGGAGAUAUUGUAUGCGCUUCCAAAUAAUCACUAUUGUACAUUUUUAAGUUAUGCAAAUAGCAAUUAAUCCAUUUUGAUCUCAUUUGCUUUUCUUUUUGCAGUUUUCAACUUUGGUGAAAUUCCUCGUAGUGAUUUUGAUAUGUAUGGUGGCAUAUUCUGUUGCAUCUGAAUCAGUGUUGUACCCGAAUGCUGAAAUAAAUGUCAAAUUGCCUUUCUUUGUGUUGAGGAAGUCUUUCUGGUCAAUUUUUGGACAGUUUUUCUUGGAAGAGAUUGAAUCAAUUGGUAAUUAUAAUAAGAUAACUGUUUAUCAAUUGUGUAUAUAUAUAAAUAUAUAUUGAAUGUUUCCUUGUUAACCUCAACUGAUGCUUAUUUUCGUAAUUAAUAGCACAAGUAGUUGGUUAUAUUAUAAAUUCCCAUUAAAUACGAAAUCAACGAAUGAGAUAAUGUUAACAUUGACACAUUUUUUGUUUUUGUUGUUGUUGUUAUUGGUAAUAUUUGCUUAUUUAAAAUACCAUGCAAUUUAUUAAAACUAUUUUGUUUUUAAAAGUUUUGAUCAAGUGAUAUAUUUUUACCUUUACAGUCGACGCUAAAACUCAUCGGCGUUAAAUAAACAUUAGAAAUGAAAAUUGUUUAUAUGAAACUUAAUAAUGUCUCCUUCCUAGAUCGCAGUUGUACUAAUGACCCAGCCAUCUAUAUCUACCACCCAGAAACAAGAUGCCCUUCAGUUGAAGGAAGAUAUUGGGUGCCUAUGAUAUUGGGAGCAUUUGUACUUGUUGUUAACAUUCUGCUCAUCAACUUGCUUAUUGCCAAAUUUAAGUAAGUAUAUCUAUCAAAAGCUCCUUUUUAUUGUCUAUAGAUUAAUGGAGAGAUUUAUAGAAUUUUACUGUGUAUCUCAGAGGAAUUUUCUAAAAUGUUAAUCCACUUACUGACUUUUUAUCGAUUUUUGUAUUUUAAUAAUUACCAGAUCUUUAAAAUUUGGAAAUAGUCUGCAAUUACAAUACAAAACGGUUAACGUAAUAAUAAAAAAAAAAUUAAUCUAACAUAUUUAUUUUAAAUAUUUAUAUUUUGAAAAAUUUAUUUUGUCAUUUGUGAUGUUUUAAGUAAAGAAACAUAAUAGAUGUGAAAAAAUGAUUACCUAGUUGUUGAAAAUUGAUUUUAAAAAAAAAUGUUAACAUUUUAUUUUCCCCGCUAUGAAUAACUCUUAAUUUCCAUUCUUUUUUUAUUUCAAGACAAUAUCUUUCUUUAACUACGUUUCAGCUCCAUAAUUAUUUCAAUUGAAAUAAGAGCAUUGAAGAUUUGGCAUUAUCAGAAUUUCCAAAUUGCAAUGGAGAGCCGGGAAAUACAACAGUUUCUGUUUCAUAAAAAUCCUCGUAAGUUUUGAUGCUUGUAUAUUGUUUUGUCUUGAUUCUACGAGCCGUUUAUUAAUACAACUCAAGUCUGUUGUCUAAUACAUGCCACCAUGGGUUGAAAAAAAUUGUCAGCAUUCUUCUAUUUUUUAUUAAGAAGAAAGUCCACAGAAAGAAAAGAAACGUAAAAGAAAAUCAUUUUAAAAAAAACACAAAGCCACUGAAGACGGAAAGCGGCUGACAUUUUGAGGAAAAAUAAAUGUUUAUCUCACAAGAAGUUUUCAAUAGUCCUCCAAGAGGAUUGAUUAAUCAGAUUGCUAAAGCAGCAGAAAAUUUCCUUGCACAUAAACUCUACAAAAGAAAACAGUCAAUUCGACGACAAUCCAGUUUGAUUUUUUUUUUAAAUUGCGUGCAAACAAAUCAGGAUGAAACGAUGUUCGCCUGACUCUUUUUUCUUUUGUUUUGUUGUUGUUGUUGUUGUUGUUGUUGUUGUUGUUGUAAAACAGUAGCUUUUAAUUGUUUUAAAAAUAAUGUGCCUCGGAUAUAAUUUAAAGGAGAUAACCAAAAUAAUAACAUCCGGAAAAAAAAUGUGAAACAACCAAAGCGACUGAGCCAUGUCAAAAUGUUCCUGAAAAUCUCUUACUUCCUAAAGCAAUGUAAAAGGAAUAUAGUGACGCAGUCAUAAGAAACAUAGAAGUAGAGUUAAGAAACAACAUUUGAAAUUUCUCAACAAACCUAUAAACUAGUUUUAUAUUUUGCCAAUUAUAUUAAUUUGUCUUGUUUAUUUUAACCCCUGCUCUACAAUAUUUUUACAGCAAAUAAUCCUCCCACACAAUCACGUGAAGGCAACUUUGAAAAAGAAGUAAUAAGACACUUAACACAAGAAAUUAACGAUGGAAGGUAGAUAAAACUGUUGAACAGAAAUUUAAUUAUUUUAGUUAAGCUAUGAUUCUUUUUUUAAAUACCUUUAAACUUUUAAAUUUAUUAUUAUUGUGUUGCAAAUCAUCUUGCAGGGCAAAUUUUUUGUUCAAUAAACUAUUAAUUUUCUAUUCUUUUCUUUUCUUUUUUUAAAAUUAGAUUUUUUGAAAGGUUAGAGAACUACAAAAAAAGCAGUAAGUAUAUUUAAUGCACAUUCAUUUUAGUUUUUUUUAUUUUCAUGGUUUGGAAAAGGGGUGGGGGGUUGUGGAGGGGGGGGGGAAUGGGCUAAUUCGAAACGGGUUGUAGAAUAAGAUAAGCUUAACAUGAUUACCCUCUUUGGUAUAUGCUAUAAAAGUAUCACUUACUGCCUGCGGUCUAUUUACAAAUUGUUUUCCCUUACAUUGGGGAAGACACGAAAUUUCAAUAACUUUUAAGAACGUCAUGUUUGUUUGAAAUUGUUUUUGGUCAGAUUUCUUAAAUUAUUUGUUCAUAAGUAUUUUUCAUAAAGUUUUUAUUCUAAUAUAAAAAUUUAAAUUUCCAUUCAAACUGAUGUUUUAUAGUUUAUCUUCUUUUCUAUAAGUCUUGAAAUGUGAUUUCUUGUCGAAAAGAUUUCAAUUAUUAUUAUAAUUAAAUUAAUUCCAAACCAUGAGCAUACAUUAAGAUAGGUUUUUUUAAACAUAAAUUAAACACUUAUGCUAAUAAAAAGAGUUCUUUACUCUUCAACAGUAACAUUUUGUUAUUGCUUAGGAAACUAUUUUUUCUUUGUAAAUUUUCAGUGUAAUAAUUACUUAAUAACAAAUGACCAAUAAGUGAUCUCAGAUAAUUCACAUUUUCAUAAACAUAUGUGAUUCUAUAAAAUGAUGUGAGCUCAAGAUCUUAGUCUGUGUAACAAAUAACUUUAUUCUCAAUUCCACAUUCCCCCCCACCCCCACCCCCCCCCUAACAUGACCAUUCACUCCAGUUGUCUAACGAAUAUUUGAACAUUUAAGUUUAUACAUUCAUGAAAAGUUUUAUUGCAAUCGUAUGCAAUCGUAUGCUGGUAUCGAAACGCAUACGAACAUUAUAUUUAUAGAGCUCAUCAAAGGAAAAAAAAAAGCUCCGAAAGGAAUAUUAAAAAAUGGCUGUACUAAUUUAGCAACCUACUUUUUUUGUCCCACACAAAACUGAGAUAUCGCUUUUGGCAUGUGAUUAAAUUCCAUCCACAAAUGAAUUACCUUUGUUUAAAUUCCAUCCACCAAUGAAUUACCUUUUUUUAAAUUCCAUCCACCAAUGAAUUACCUUUGUUUAAGCUCCAUCCACCAAUGAAUUACCUUUGUUUAAAUUCCAUCCACCAAUGAAUUACCUUUGUUUAAAUUCCAUCCACCAAUGAAUUACCUUUGUUUAAAUUCCAUCCACCAAUGAAUUACCUUUGUUUAAAAUUAUAUUUAUAUAGCUGAUAUAAUAAAAUCAACUAAUUUAGGGUCCCUGGAUUAAAACGAAACAUUGUAAUAUGGUUGUUUUAACUUGAAACAUUUGCGGGCGUGCACACAAAAAUUCACCAACAUUUUAUCGCCAUCGGAUGAAUGGUAUAGGAACGCAUGCAAAAUGUUAUUUAUAUACCUCUUUUAGAAAUAAAAAGAAUUUAAGGCCCCGGCCCCAAACGAAAUAUUGUAAAAUGGUGGUACUAAUUCAGGAAGCUUCACGGAUAUUUUCACAAAAACUCACCAAAGUCUUAUCGCAAUCGUAUGAAUGGUAUCGGACUCAACGAAAAAUAUAUUUAUAUAGAUCAUUUAAAAAAAAAAAAACGAAUUGAUGCCCCACGGCCCCAAACUGAAUAUUGUAAAAUGGUGGUACUAAAUCAGAACCUAUUUACAAUAUAACAUACAAACUGAACUGUCACUCUUUACAUGUGAUUAGAAUUCCACCCUAUCCUGCCUGAGAUCUGUUUUAAAUUAUAUGUAACAUUGAUCAAAUAAGAAAAAGAACGACGUUAACUGUUAAGGCCCCCGACUCAAAACGGAAAUUUGUAAAAUGGUUGUACUAAUUCAGAAAUCAUUGCACGCGGCGUGCGCACAACAACUAACUAUAUAUAUAUAAAUAUAUAUAUAUAUAUAUAUAUAUAUAUAUAUAUAUAUAUAUAUAUAUACAUAUAAAAGACAAAAGAUAUAUGUAUUAAGUAUUAUAUGUCAAUAUAUAAAAGAAAGAUAUAUAGUCAACUAAGAAAACCGAAAGUUUGUCAAUCGUGGUUGAUUACAAGAGUAAGUAGGAAAUCUUCGAGCAGUAUUCCUUAUUUUCCAACACUCCUAAACACUUACUAAACACUAAAUAGUGAACUAAAAUAAGGUCGUAAUAUAGAAAUAACAUUAUACUUACAAUCCGUUCGAUUGUGAAAAGCACAUGAAAAGAAUUGUUUUAGCACUAACCAAAACAGCUUAUUAGUUCAACACAUAUUUUUAAAAAAAACAAAUGUUACUAUAAAACUGUUUAGCCAUCUAUAAUUUCCACGCGUUAAACGUUUUACCGAAGGAACACACAUGUUUAAAACGGCCUUGAGAUGAAACAUGUAAAGGUAUAGAGAAGUCAUUCUUUUAAACCAAGUACAUGAAUAUUGAAUAAAAGAAAAUUCACACACAUUUUGAAUUCGAAUAAGUCAAUACAAUUGUGGAAAAAAUUAUCAGAAAAGUUAACAUUAAAUACUUAUAACAAUUUCAAAUACAACAAUUCAGCAAUACGUUUUAUAAACUUUCUUAAACUUUCGUAACAGAAGCUAAAGAUUUGCCAGGAGUAUUUAUAAAGUUAAAAGAAAUUAUUGACUCGCAAGUAAUGUAAGUAUCUUGGUAUUUUUUACUUAAUUAAGGUGUUGUUUUUGCCUUCGAUUUCCUUACAAGUCGAUGCAGCAAUGUUUUAUUUUUUAACAAUACUACACACAUAUUACAAGAUAAUACAUACUACAAGGUAACACACAAUAAAUAAACUUUGAUGCAGCAUUUUUUAAAGAAUUUUUUUAUUCCGAAAAAUUCUCCAGUUAGGCAAACACUUCCGUUAACACAAAUCUCCCCUGUUACAACUCAAAUUUUUAAGACUUAAAAACAACAGCAAAAAUAAAUGUAAAAAUUUGACCAAAUUUCCAGUUUAACUGAAUUCGGCCAAUCUUCAGUUCGAACUACUUUUCAUUCGACCAAAGUUCCAUUCAGCUUAAUAUCCUGUCUACCAAACAUCUGUCGAUCUAUUUUCAGUGUAGCGAAUUUCUUUCUAAAAAUUUCCAUAUAGUUAACAAAUCAUUUUUAGAGAUUAUCAUAAAAUAAUCUUUCAUUCUGUGGUGAAUCAGAAAUGCUGCUUUUUGUGAUAGCUACAUACUUAUAUUAAUUAUUUAAACUUUUCAAAAUAUUACUAUAAUAUUUAAAAUUGAAUUUCAAACUCUUCUUACUUAGUUCCUUAAUGUGUGCAUCUAAAGUUAAUUACAAUGGUUGGCAUGGCAGUGCUAAAUCAAUAAAAAGGAAAUGGUAGGAAAUAACAGAUGAAACUACAAGACUGUUUAUAAUAGUGAAAAGAAAGUUAUGUUGGUCAGCGGUUUUCUUGGAAAUUCGUCUCUCGCGUAGGAAAUAGCAUUCAUAGGUGUGUAUUCUUUUCGCUCAUGCUCAAGUAAUCCUAAUGGGUGACAUUAUAGGGAGAAAAAGGCAGCAAAACAAUGCAGUAAGUCUCUCUAAGAAAACGGCACCAGUAACACAUUUAAGCUGACUAUUGUUACGAAAUAUUUUAGUUUAGGUUUUCGUAUCUAGCAACAGUUACUUUUCUACAUGACUUCCCUUUAAGUUAACAGAGGGCACUUUAAGAACUAAAAACUAUCGUUUAAUGCCUUUUUUUCACCCGCAUGCUAUAUAUCUAAAAUAUAAUGACUUUAAUUUAUGUAGGCAUGGAAAUUUGCUGACCAAAUAUAAAACAGAUGUAAAUAAAGUUCAAGGCACAAGUACGUUAUUUUGUCAUUUAUAUGAUAAUUAUGUGGUUUGAACGUAACAAAAAACAUUUAUAAAAAUAAAGAACUAUAAACUCUGAAAUAACGAAUUAAAUUGUAUCCUAAGGUGAGACAAUUCUGAAAGAAAAUAAUAAAAAUCAUAAUCAAUAUAUUUAAUUUAUUUUAAAUCAAACUGAUUCUUAUCAUUUACAACUCAGUAUUCUCUGUGAUUUUGUUCCUAGUUAAAAAAGUCGACCUAUUGCAACAGACAAGGCAUGAACAAUCCUUGCAGGAAAAUAGAAAUCAUUUUGACCAACUUGGUAAAUAAUCUUUAAUAUAUUAAUUGUAUGUACAAAUUAUUAAAUUUAACAACAGUUGCUUUUUCACUUGAAAUAUAAAAAAAAAAAUUUUUUUUUUUUUAAUUUAUUAUUUAUUUUUUUUGGGAAAAACUAAAAUCUCUUCAAUACUAGGAACAGGAUUUGAAGUGAAAAAAGAAGUGGUCAGUGCAGUCAUAGGCUUCAAACCAGAGAACGAAAGAUUGUGUUAUUUGCGUGUGCGAGGAAAAAUGUUCAAUAUAACACUAAUAAAUGUACAUGCUCCAACGGAAGACGCGGAAGAUCAGGAUAAAGAAUCCUUCUAUGAAACCCUGGAAAAGAUCUACGAAGAGGCACCACGACAUGAUAUUAAAAUAGUGAUUGGAGACUUCAAUGCUAAAAUAGGAAAAGAAAAGGUGUUCAUGCCAACUAUUGGCAAGGAAAGUCUGCAUGAAGAUACCAAUGACAAUGGGAUCCGACUCUUGACUUCGCGGUAGGAAAAGGGAUGUCAGUUAGCAGCACCAAGUUUCCGCACAAAAAUUUACAUAAAGCUCCGUGGAACUCACCAGAUGGAAUCACCCGCAAUCAAAUCGAUCACGUUUUAAUAGAUCGAAGACAUGGAUCAGAUAUAUUAGAUAUUAGAAGCCUAAGAGGAGCAGAUGCGGACUCGGACCAUCUACUUGUAAGGGUGAAAUAUAGGCAGAGGAUAAGCUUAGUUCACAAUGGUCGUGAUCAAAGAGAGAAACGAUACAAUUACCAAAAGCUGCCCAAAGACCCAUUAACUGCAAAAGCUUACCAGAGUGAAGGAGAAGCACAAUUAGAAGCAUCGAACGAGGAAAUAAACGGGGAAAAUAACAUAAAUGAUCAGUGGGAUAGGAUAAAAAAUGCCAUUAAAAGAUCAGCAGAAAAAGUAGUGGGAUUUCAGCGAGCCAACAACAGAGUAGGCUGGUACGACAAUGAAUGCAGAGAGACUGUGGAAGAAAGAAACAAAGCACGAAUGAUCAUGUUACAAAGGGAAACCAGAAAUACAACACAAGCAUACAAGGAAGCCAGAAGGAAAGCAACAAAAAUGUGUAGGAAGAAAAAGAGGGAGUGGGAAAAGGAUAAACUAAAGGAAAUAGAAGAUUUAUCAAGAGAGAGAAAUAUAAGAGGAAUGUACGUGAAGAUAAAAGAUGAAAAGAAUGGAUACCAAGCAAGACCGCAAAUGUGUGAGAGCCACAAUGGAGAAUUAAUCACGGAAAAUAGUAAAGUAUUGGAGAGGUGGGCAGAAUAUUUUGAGGACAUACUGAAUGCAGACAAUAGACAAGAAGAAGAUUAUCAACUCCCACAGGGAGGACCAGACUUGUUUAUACAAUGCCCAACCCUAGAAGAAACCAAAGAGUUAAUUAAUUACAUGAAAAAUCACAAAGCCCCCGGACAAGACCUUAUCACAGCGGAACUGAUUAAAUAGGGAGAAAAAGAACUACACAAUCAGAUACAUAAACUUAUAACUAAAAUUUGGCAAGAGGAGAAAAUCCCGACAAAAUGGGAAACAGCAUUAAUAACCCCAAUACACAAGAAAGGCUCCAAACUUCAGUGCACAAACUACAGAGGAAUCUCCCUAUUAAAUGUUACAUACAAAAUACUGACUAAGCUUAUUGCCAAAAGACUACAACCUUACACUGAAAAAAUACUAGGUGAUUACCAAUGUGGAUUCAGGCCUAACAGAUCAACGACUGAUCAGAUUUUCACAAUCAGAUGCCUAUUAGAGAAAUGAUAUGAAUUUAAUAUACCAGUGCAUCAACUCUAUAUCGACUAUAAAAUGGCCUAUGACAGCAUCAAAAGAAACUAUUUAUAUGAGACUCUGCAGGAGUUUGGGAUACCGAACAUAUUGACAAGGCUAAUACGUGUAAAUCUAAGCAACUCAAAAAGCAAAAUCAAGAUUCAAGGAGAAUUUUCAAGGGAAUUUCAUAUUAGACGCGGCUUAAGACAGGGAGACUCACUGUCUCGUAUGCUUUUUAACCUAACAUUAGAGAGAGUUAUUAGAAACAUACACAUUGACACUCGAGGAACGAUAACAGGAUACUUUCUGAGGGAAACUCAAGACCCACAACCAACGGGCACACUCUACAACCAACCACUUCAGUAUCUUGCCUAUGCUGAUGACAUAGCACUUCUAGGGAAAAGUAUAAAAGACAUAUCAAAAUCCUUUAUUGAAAUAGAAGACGCAUCUUUACAAGCAGGGCUGGAAGUUAACAACCAAAAAACAAAAUACAUGACCAUGAUAAGAGAGGAACAAACAGAGGAAACAAUUAAAAUUAGAAACCAAACUUUUGAAAAAGUAAAUCAAUUCAAAUACAUAGGAUCCUUGUUAAAUGAAAGAAACGAAUUACUAACAGAAAUAAAAGAAAAAAUAUCAGCCGGAAACAGAGCAUACUUCAGUAGUCAGAAAAUACUCAAAAGUUAAAACAUUACAAGAGAAACAAAGAAAACUAUUUAUCAAACUGUGAUCAGACCAGUUGUAACAUGUGCAAGUGAAACUUGGACCCUAACAAAAACAGCAGAAACCUAUUAAACACAUGGGAGAGGAAAGUUCUCAGGAAAAUAUGGGCCAACAAAGGAUGAAUAUGGAUGGAGAAUACGAACCAACCAGGAAUUAUACAGUCUAUAUCAGGAUCCUACGAUAGUGGCAGAAAUAAAAAGAGGCAGGCUACGCUGGGCAUGACACCUAUAGAGAAUGCCAAAUGACAGAGGAACGAAGAGGGUGCAUCACCAAUACCCCAGAGGAAAAAGGCUCAAAGGCAGACCUAGGCUUAGAUGAAUAGAUGAUGUAGAAAAAGAUAUACAGCAGCUGAAAGUCCAAGCAUGGAAAAGGAAGGCAUUAGUUAGGUCUGAGUGGAAGUAAAUAGUGAGGCAGACCAAAGCCCUGCAUGGGCUGAAGCGCCACAGGGAUGGAUGGAUGAAAAAUGUCUUCAAUGUCUUUUAAAACAAUCAUAAAUUAUCAUAUUAUAUGAUGUAAAAUUAUCAUUUCAAAUAAUCUCAAAACUAAUCUCCAUUAUUUGUUUUAAUUACUUUAAAAAAGAAUACAAAGUUAGUUUCAAUUAGUGUGUAACCUUUUCAUACAAAAUCUUAAGAUAAAAUUUUGUAAUAAAUUUUAAAUUCAAAAUAAAAGGCUUAUGCCUAAAACAGCUAAAGUGUAAUACAUUACCAAAAGAUAAAUAUUGUUUUUAUAUUUUUACGCAUGAACAGUUAAUCAUCAAUUUGAACUUGUUCCACAGAUCAAAUGUAUCAUAACAUCCAGGAAUGUUUUAAUUUGAAAAUUCCAGAAGUAAAAGAAGAAAUGAAGAAACUUAACGCCGAAAGCAAUGCAAUUCUUAGUAAGAUCAUUGACUUUUAAUGUACUUUGUACAUUUUAGAAAAUUAUUACAAAAAUUCAUAUUCUUUCAUUUAUUCCAUAAUUGCUUUUAUUUAUUCAAUGUUGUCGAAGUUUUAAAUUUGUUUGAUAACUUAGAUUAUAAACUAUUAGAUUGUAAAAAUAUUUACAAAGUAUAUCUUAAACAAUUUUUUCAUACUCUUCAAAAAAGUUCAUCUCAAAAUAAAAUUGUUAAUAAAUUGUAAACUCAAAAUAAAAAGUUUACGCUCAAAACAGAUAAAAUGCAGUACGUUACCAAAAGAUUAAUAUUUUUUUUUAAAUAAUUAUUCGCAUAAACGAUUAAUCCUCAAUUUGAUCUCUUGUUCCUCAGAUCAAAUGUAUCAUAACAUCCAGGAAAUUUUUGACGGGAAAAUCUCAGAAGUAAAAGAAGAAAUGAAGAAACUUAACGCCGAAAGCAAUACAAUUCCUUGUAAGAUCAUUGACUUUUAAUGUACUUUGUACAUUUUAGAAAAUUAUUACAAAAAUUCAUAUUCUUUCAUUUAUUCCAUAAUUGCUUUUAUUUAUUCAAUGUUGUCGAAGUUUUAAAUUUGUUUGAUAACUUAGAUUAUAAACUAUUAGAUUGUAAAAAUAUUUACAAAGUAUAUCUUAAACAAUUUUUUCAUACUCUUCAAAAAAGUUCAUCUCAAAAUAAAAUUGUUAAUAAAUUGUAAACUCAAAAAAAAAGUUUACGCUCAAAACAGAUAAAAUGCAGUACGUUACCAAAAGAUUAAUUUUUUUUUUUUUUUUAUAAUUAUGCGCAAAAACGAUGAAUCCUCAAUUUGAUCUCUUGUUCCUCAGAUCAAAUGUAUCGUAAAAUCCAGGAAAUUUUUGACGGGAAAAUUUCAGAAGUAAAAGAAGAAAUGAAGAAACUUAACGCCGAAAGCAAUAAAAUUCUUAGUAAGAUCAUUGACUUUUAAUGUACUUUGUACAUUUUAGAAAAUUAUAUAAUUUUUGUUCAUAUUAUUUCAUUAACUUCAUAAUUUCUUUUAUUUAUUCAACGGUGUCCAAUUUUUAUAUGUAUUUGAUACGUUAGAAAAGAAAUAAUCGGCAAAACCUUUUUCAUCAUUUUAAAAUAAUUGAAAUCGUUUACAAAAAGUAUCUUAAAUAAUUGUUGUAUACUAUUCAAAUAAGUUCAUCUCAAAAUAAAAUGGUAAUAAAUUGUAAACUCAAAAUAAAACGUUUAUGUUCAAAACAUAUAAAAUGCAGUACGUUCUACAAAAGAUAAAUAUUUUGUGUUAAUUUUGCACAUAUAGAAGCAAUCCUCAAUUAUUAUUUUUUUGCCCAUAGUUGAAAGUUAUGAGAAAAGCCAGGAAUAUUAUAACAGGAAAAUUUUAGAAGUUAAAGGGGACAUAAAACUUAUCACCGAAAGCAAUACAAUUCUUGGUGAGUUCACUAUCUUUCAAUGUGCUACGUACAGCUAAUAAAAAUACGUGUUAGUUUAAUCUUUUUUAAAUUAAUAUUUUAUUUUUAUUCAUUCAUUGUUUUCCAAUUAUUAUAUUUAUUGAAUAAUCUAAACAAUAAAUAAUCUCCAACCAUUUUCAUACCUUUAAAUCAUUAAAAAAUAUUACAAAAAUUAUCUUAAUAUAUUUUGUAUCCUUUUCAUAUAAAAAUAUCUUAAAACAAACUUAGAAAUAAAUUGUAAACUAAAUAUAAAAAGUUUAUGCCUAAAACAGACUAGGUGCAAUGUAAUAAGAAAAGAUAAAUAUUUGUUGACAGUUUUCACAUUAACAAUAAUCGUCAAUUUAUUCAUGUUCCUUUCUCCGCAGUUAAAAUGUAUAAAAAUAGCCAGUACAAUUUUGACAGGAAAAUUUCAGAAAUUCAAGAGGAAAUGAAGAAACUUAACACCGAACACAAUACAUUUCUUGGUAAGAUCAUUAUCUUUUACUUUUCUCCGUACACUUUAGAAGAAUAUAUGUUUUUUUCAUAUUUUUGUAUUCAUUCAAUAAUUUAUUUUUUAUUCAUUCAUUGUUAAUUAAUUAUUAUAUUAAUUUGAUAAUUUAGACUACAAAUAAUAUCCAACCAUUUUCAUUUUUAAAGAAUUAAAAAAAAAUUACAAACAAUUAUCUAACAUUAUUUUGUAUACUUUUAUAUAAAUGCAACUUAAAAUAAAAUAGUUCAUAAAUUGUAAACUCAAUUUAAAAAUGUAUGGCUCAAACAGACAAGGUAUAUAACGAUAUUAAAGAAUACACAAUUUUGACAAUUUUUCACAUAAACAAAUAAUCCAUAAUUUGUUCUUGUUCCACGGUUGAAUUUAUAAUAAUAACCAGAGAUAUUUUAAACUUUGAAAUUUUCAGAAAUUCAAGACAAAAUAAAGGAACUUGUCACCGAAAGCAAAAGGUUUCUUGGUGAGAUCAUUAUCUUUUAAUGUAUUUCGUACAAUUUAGAAAAGUUAAUGUUUCGUCAUAUAUUACAUUGAUUCAAUAAUUUAUUUUGGAUAUGUGUUACAUUAUCUUUAAAAGUACUUUUUACAGUUUAGAAAAGUAUACGUUCUUUUCAUAUGUUUCAAUCAUUCAAUAAUUUAUUUCUUAGACAUUCAUUAUUAUCCAAUUAGUAUAUUUAUGUGAUAAUUUAGACACUAAAUAAUCUCCAAACAAUUUUCAUUUUUUAAAUCAUUAAAUAGUUUACAAAAAUGAUCUUAAAUGCUUUUGUACCCGUUUUUAUAUAAAACCAUCUUAAAAUAAAUUUGGUAAUCAAUUGUAAACCCAAAAUAAAAAGUGUAUGCCCAAAAUAGAUAAUUCACAUAAACAAAUAAUCAUCAAUUUGUUCUUGUUCCACGGUUAAAUUGUAAAAUAAUAGCCAGGGUUAUUUUGACUGGAAAUUUUCAGAUAUUCAAGGAGAAAUAAAAGAACUCAUCACCGAAAGCAAAGAAUUUUUAGGUGAGAUCAUUAUCUUUCAAUAUAUUUCAUACAGUUAAGACAAGUAUAUUUUUCGUCAUAUAUUAUAUUGAUUAAAUAAUCUAUUUUUUAGACAUUCACUAGUAUCCAAUUAUUAUAUUUAAUUGAAAAUUUUGAGACCUUUUAAUUAUCUCAAAAUAAUUUUAAUUUUUUUAAAUUAUUAAAAAAGAUUACAAAAUAUUUUCUAAUGUUAUUGUAAUUCCUUUUGAUAUAAAUUCACCUUGAAAUGAAUCGGUAACAAAUUGUAAACCCAAAAUAAAACGUGUUUGCCUAAACAUGUUAAGAAUAUAUUAUCCCAAUACAUCAACUCUAUGUGGACUAUAAAAUGAUCUAUGACAACAUAAAAAUUUAAUAUCUGAAUUCUAUUUGAGACUCUGCAGGAGUUUGGAAUACCAAAUAAACUGAGAACAUUGAUACAUGUAGCAUUAAGCAACUCAAAAAGAAAAAUCAAGGUUCAGGUAGAAUAUUCAAGGGAAUUUCAGAUUAAACGAGGCCUAGGACAAGGAGACUCACUGUCAUGUGAGCUAUUAUCCUAAAGUUAGAGAAAGUUAUACGAAACAUACAUAUUGACAAACGAGGAAUAAUAGCAAGAUACUUUCUGUGGGAGACCCAUGACCAACAAUCGGUAGGCACUCUCUACAGCCAAAGUCUUCAGUAUUUUGCAUAUGCCGAUUACAUUACACUGUUUGGUGAAAAGUAGUAAAAACAUAGAAAUUUUUUUUAUUGAAUUAGUGGACGCUUCGCCACAUGCAGAGCUGGAAGUUAACAAUCAAAAAACAAAACAGAUGGCUAUGAUAUGAGAACAGCAGACAGAUGACCCCAUUAAAAUUAGAAACAACACAUUUGAAAAAGUAAAUCAAUUCAAAUAUCUAGGAUCUUUAUUAAUCGAAAGAAAUGAAUUACUAAGAGUAAUAAAAGAAAGAUUAUCGGCUGGAAACAACCGACCGGUUGUAACAUAUGCAAGUGAAAAGGAGUACCCUAACAAAACCGACCGAAAAUCUAUUAAACACGCAUGGGAAGGGAAAAGCUCUACGGACAAUAUAUCGACCAGCAAAGAAUAAAUAUGCAUGAAGAAUACGAACCAACCAGGAAUUGUAUAGUCUAUAUCAGGAUCCCACGCUGGUAGCAUCAAUAACAAAAGGUUAGCAACGCCGGGCAAGAUUUAGCUUAUAACAAAGGAGAUUAAUGGGUGCACCACCAAAAACUGCUGAGGAAAACGGCUUAAAGGCAGACCAGUCUUAUAUUAUAAGGAGGAAUGAUGUGGGAAAUAGAUCUACAGCAGCUAGAUAUCCAAGCAUGGAAAAAAAAACAAUCAGUUAGGUCUGCGUGGAAGGAAGAAAUGAGGGAGGCCAAAGCCUCACAAGGGCUGUAAACACUUCAGGGGUGGAGUAUGGGUGUGUCCAUUUAUUGUGUCAACAAAAUAGGGGAAAUGCAAGGAGGAAGUGUUUUUAGUUUAAUUGACGUCAACAAUCAGAUUUAGCUAUUAAAACUUUCAUUUAAAAAUUAUCUGGUCAUUAUAUUAUUUUUUAAAAAUCUAAUGAGUAUGAAUAGUCAUAUAAUUUUUAGGCUUUUAAAAAUGUAAGAUUUAUUUAUGUGUGUCUGUCUGUACACUGCCUCUACUCACCUGUAGAUUCUGUUUGUCGCAAAUGACUUAUAUAUUUAUUUAUAUUAUAAUUCAGUUUUUCGGAGGGGCUAUAAAAUGUUAGUGGGGGGUUGGGGGGAGGGGGCAUCAUUGAACAUUUGAUAAUUGUUGACAAGUGGGGAAUGAGGUCAAAAAGUUAAUUAAAAUUUUUGACGUAAUUAAAACAGACACGGUGCAAUACGAGAAGAAAAAAAUAAAUACUUUUGACAAUUAUUAACAUAAACAAAUAAUGCUCAGUUUGUUCUUGUUCCACAGAUAAAGUGCAUAAUUAUAGGUUGGACUAUUAUGACGAUAAAAUUUCAAAAGUUGAAAAGAACGUGAGGAUUCUUAAACCUCAAAUCAAAAGAAAUAUUUGUGAGAUCAUUAUCUUUUAAUGUAUUUAGUACAGUUUAGAAGAUUAUAUGUUUUUUUUUUCCUAUUCAUUCAAUAAUUUUGUUUUAUGUAGUGUUUACAAAUAAUUAUAAUUAUUUAAUAAUUUAGCAUAUAAAUAUUCUCCAAAGCAUUUCCAUUUUUACUUUAAUCACUAAAAACUAUUACAAAAUAUAUCAAAAGUCAUUUUGUAUCCUUUUCAUAUAAAUUCAUCUUAAAAUAAAAUUUGUAAUAAAUUGUUAACUCAAAAUAAAAAUGUUAUGCUCAAAACAGAUAAAAUGCACUACGGUACCAAAAGAUAAAUGGUUUUUGUCACUUUUUCUCAUAAACAAAUAUUCCUCAAUUAGUUAUUUUUCCUUGUUCCAUAGAUGAUACUUAUAUUGAUAUCAAGAGAUGUUUUAACGAGAAAGUUUUAGAAAUUCAAAAGGAAAUGAAGAGUCUGAACCAAGAAAGCAAAAAAAAUAUUGGUGAGAUCAUUAUCUUUUAAUUUACUACAUAUUUGGUUCAGAAAAAAUAUGUUUGUUCAUAUUCUAUGAGUCAUUCAAUAAUAUAAUUCCAUUGCAAGAUUAACUGAAUCAUUAGUAAAACAUAACACACUAGAAAGUAUGAAAUAGCUCUUAAAAUUAUUUUUCUUAAAAAAUAGUACGUUUAAAAUAAGAAAAAAACAGUAUGAUUUCUUUAGCUCUUAUGAUUUAAUUAUCUGUAUUGUCUGUGAUUAUGUUCCCAGUUGAUAAAGUCACCAAAUUGGAAGAGACAGUGCAACAACAAACUUUAAG